AGCGCCCAACAGUGGCCGGGAGAGCGCAGAAUUUGGAUACUUCCCAGACGUCCAACCAACUUACCAUGAAGUCGACAUGUCUUCUCAUCUUGGCUACUCUCGUGCUCUGCAACUUGACGGUGUCUGCGGGACAGGGCAUCCCCGCCGAGGAGACUGAUGAGACGGACCGAAGGACCAUAGACGACAUCAUACUACAGAGAGCAGAAAGUCUCCUGCUACGGUCCAUUCUCAGAAAGCUGCAGGAAGACGACGACAGAAACGAGGGACUUUCCUCCCAGCCAGAAUGGGUGACAAAACGACAGCAUCCCGGUAAGAGAUACAGCGAGGAUUUGGAGAAGCGGCAGCAUCCGGGGAGGAGAGAAGAGGACGAGGAUGAUCAGUAUUUGGAUGUUCAAAAGAGACAGCACCCGGGCAAACGCGAAGACGAACUGCACUCGUUCAUGGAGCUCCAGAAGAGGCAGCACCCGGGGAGGCGCUCCACGACGGGACACGUUUCUGACGACCCCGUGAUACUCCUGAGUGAACUUUCUAAACGGCAGCACCCCGGCAAGCGCUACCUGGUGCUGCACAGCAAACGCCAGCACCCAGGUAAGCGCCACCCCGAGGGCGAGGAUGGGGAUGGGGACUGGGAUGCGGACGGAGACGAAGACCUCCCAGAGUUGGAAAAGCGUCAACACCCCGGAAAACGGUUUUGGGAUAACUCGAGUCCGGAUUUGGGCACAAACAGUCCGUGUGAUGUAUUGGACCCUACGAGCUGCAGCAAGGCGAGUCUGCUGCUCGACUUUUUAGACAACAUGAACAAGAGUCAUGCCGAGGAGAAGAGACAACACCCGGGUAAAAGGUUUGCACCCGAGGAGGAUUUCGUGGAAGGAGAGUAGGUUAAAGAAAACAAGCUCCGCUGUGCGUACACUACUGUAUUGUAAACAAAUAAAUGUUUAAAUUAGUGACCAUAAUGAAUUAUUAAAAAUGAAAAAAGAAUUGACACCAUGUAACCUUUUGUGACAGUGUUUUUUUCUUUGGCAGACAAUUACUGUAUCAUCGCAAAAACAUUAAUCGUGCUGUUUGGUUCCUUGGGGAGCUUGUGCCUAAUUGUCCUCCAAACUGACUACACCGCUGUAAAUAAGGUUUUCAUAAGAGUGCGCUCCCUUUGUCGAACUUUACUAAUGAAUGAUUAUUUUAAUUAUCACCACUUCAUGUUUAUUCCGUUAAUCAGGCUACUUAUGCCGAAAUCAAGUCCAAGGAUGAAAGCAUCAGUCUGCUGGCUUUUGCGAUGACGCCUCCGUGAGGCAACACACGCUUGUCAGUGCAGCACCUGACUCGAAUUACAUGCGAGUGGCCACGUUUACACUUAUGCAUAGAAAUCGCAUUCCCUGACUGAUUUGUGUCUCAUUCUUUUCUACUUAUGUAAAAUAUAACGAAAACCACAGCAAAUAAAUGUUGUCAUUGAUUAUUUUUCUACACGUUAUUGCAUGGAUCAUGUUGUGUUGUAAA